GGUUAAAAAAUCUACGCACAGUCAACAGUUCUUUCUUCUAUUCCGUUUAGGACGGUUCUAAACCAAGUGAAACAAAAUGUCUGGAAAGAUCUUAAUAUUCGUUUGCUUCGUGAGCACCGCGGCCGCAAUUUUUAUCAGACCUAGUGGGAGCAAGGGGUCGGAUGACAGCCCUAAAGGAUGGCAAAUGGUGAGGACGUAUCAUCCGCCCAGCUCUCACGACUACUACAAAUAUGACUCUUAUUUUACUUAUCCCAAAUACAACUUCGAGUACUCUGUCUCGGACAAGAAGACGGGUGACCACAAACACCACCGGGAAUCCAGGGACGGUGACCGCGUGCGAGGGGAAUACAGCCUGGUUGAAGCGGAUGGCUCCCUGCGUAAAGUGGAGUAUGACGCCGAUGAUCAUAACGGGUUUAAUGCAGUUGUCAGCAAAACUAUCAACAUGCACGGAGAUCACGCGGUUUCCUACAGUGGUCACGCUAGACAUUUUUACCCCGUUGGUCACGGCAUUAAAAUUAACCACUACUUCCCUGGAAAGAAUUACAAAUACCAUGAAUCAUCGAACAUGGACAAUGAAAUUGUUGAAGAAAAUAACAAACCUGCAACUGAAGUUAAAUCCGAGAAAUCUGAAGAAAAUAAAAUUGAAAAAGAAGAGAAGGUUUCCGUAGUUGAGAAAGUAGAAGAAAAGAAGACACAGCCAGAUAUUAAGGCAGAAUCUGAAGAAGCUCCCGUAAACGAAAUGCCCGCCGUUAUGUCAAUGAUAAUGCAGAACGCUCCUGUUGAUAUGCCAACUGCAGAAGGUAUGGUCUUGAUACCAGUAUCCUCAGAAUCCACUGAUAUUGUCCCUAAAGAAACUGUACCCGUAAGCGAAGAACCUAGUAAAGCAGAUAAGACCAUGUCUGACUCUGAACAGGCUUCUUCAUAUUACCACUCAAGAAUUUACUUUGUAAGAUAUUAAUACAAAGCUAGAUUGUUUUUAUUUAUUUUUAGUUGGGUUGUAAGAUAAGAGUCAUGUAAAGUUAUCGGCCUAGGUGUAAAUGUUGUUGAAGUAAAUGAUAAGAAUUUCCAGAUGGUUGUUAUUGUUGUAAAAAGAACUGUUAAUAGAAAAUAAAAACUGA